CUAACCUGUUCCCUGUUAUUUAACGUGCCGUGGGACGCUUAGUAUGUUUAAUACAGCAACCCUUGUUCGGAUUUCUCCCUUCGGUUAAUCGCGGUCUGUCUCAUCCGAUUUAUUCUUUCUCCGCCCUAAUCUGCAUCUUGUUCGCUUUUUUACCCCUACAACAGAAUGCAUACGAGGAUUCCUGUAUGUGUCCAAUCGCAGUAUCUUCAGGAUAAUGACCUUCCGUUGUCUGUGAGUCACGUUUUUAAAGCGAACAAACUAAAGAUGGCGAAGCACUGCAUUUCUGUUCCUCGUUAUGCACAACCUGCAACCGUUACUGACAUCAAGAAGAUUCAUGCGAGGCUAGUCGCCCCAGACGCGCAUUGUAAGUUUCAACAUGGCUUGAACAAAAAGCGGAAGGCUGAAGAUUCGGAACUAAUUGACCACACAGAGUCGCCUGCCACUCAGAGUCAAUGUCGCUACGUCGCUCCAUCACCUUAUGCUCCGUCCUAUGAAGCAACGAAAGGUUUUGCUUAUAGGAGUUUAACCCUACCUUCAAAGCAACCGAAUCACAAUGCAGCAACCGGAGGCGGCUUCUUACUUACUGGGAAUUCAGGGUCACUGUCCUCCUCCAACUGCUGCGCUAACAUAGCUGCGGGCGCUUCGAAAACACUUGCGAAGCCCAACACAUCUCAAGGCGAUUAUGCAAUAGUUGUUGGCGAACUCUUACGUUCCACUAAUGAGUCUUACGAAGUUUUAGCUUUCCUUGGCAGAGGUACCUUUGGGCAAGUCGUCAAGUGUCGUUGUGUAACGUCUAGACGCUGUGUUGCAAUAAAGAUACUGAAAAACCUACCAUCAUACCUGCGGCAGGGAAACGUAGAAAUACAGAUUCUUCAGACUUUGAGUCAGCAAGACACUGAGUCCUACAAUAUUGUGAGGGCAAUUGAAUGCUUUCAACACAAAAAUCACAUGUGUUUUGUAUUUGAGUUACUGGAACAGAAUUUAUACGAAUACUUGAAAUCGAACAAAUUUCGACCUUUAUCCCUCCCUGAGAUUCGUCCUAUCACACAGCAGGUACUGACUGCUCUGUCCAAACUGAAAGCACUUGGUCUGAUCCAUGCUGAUCUAAAACCAGAGAAUAUCAUGCUUGUUUCGUCCACUAAUGGCCCAUUGCGUUAUCGUGUUAAAGUUAUCGACUUUGGUUCAGCAUGUCACAGUUCCAAAGCCGUUCAAAAUACUUAUCUACAAUCAAGGUAUUAUAGAGCUCCUGAGAUAUUACUUGGGCUUCCCUUCAAUGAGGCUAUUGAUAUGUGGUCCCUUGGUUGCGUCAUAGCCGAACUGUUCCUUGGUUGGCCUCUGUAUCCUGGCUCCUCCGAAUACGAUCAAGUUAGUCACCCUGUAGCUGCCGCGUUUCAUGUUUAUAUGAGCCAAUAUUUACACCCCUCAUCCCUCUUGUUUUUAGUUGUUGUAGUUACCAGUACAUCAACCUCGACUUGGUGA